CUCACACUCGCACCCCUCCCAUCUCCCUCUCCAUUCCAUUCACAUCAAGAUUCAUUUUCAAUUACUUUUAUAUACAGAAGAUCGAUUUAGUAUAUAUUAAGCAAAGAUUUCACAGUUUGCAUCCACACAGAAACACAAAGUGUAAAAUACUGUUUCAGUACUAGUUAUAGCGUUACUUCACAUUGGACAACACAUUAAGGAUGGAUCCCACAUGAGGAGUAAGUACACAUUGACUCCUGUUGUUGACUUAACAAUUUGACACUCUUGUUUACGGCGUCAGUAAUCUCCCUAGGCUCUAGUCAUGAGUUGCCAAGGCUAUGGAAGCCUUUUGAGUUUGCUGAUUCAAUCUUUUUCUCACUGGCUGAUAGUCAAAGUGGAAGUUCUCUCCUCCCUUCAGGAAAGGUACCUCCUUCUUUGAUUGCCCCGUUCUUGCACUGGGAUCUCACUCACAGAGAUCUUUCAUUUAGGUCUUCUUUUUUUUUUUUUUUUUUUUUCCCCAGAGUGUCUUGGCUUUCCAUGCCUAAAAUAAAUCAUGACAAGUUUUUCAUAAUAUACAUUUCCCCAUAUUACGACAAGACUUUUAUACCCCAAAGUUCAAUUCUAUUAAAAUUAAUUGAUAGUUUUAAUUCCAUUCCUACAAAACCUUUUAGAGUACAAAUAUACCCUCGUAAACAUAUAAGCAGUGUAUUUUGGGAAUAAUGACAUCCCCCCCCACCUUUUUUGGUUCUUCAGACCCUAUUAUUUGCUUGGCACAGAGGAGGCAUAAAAAAAAAAAAUCUCUGCUUCAUAUUGAAUAGAGCCUCCCUGGGCUCACAAUCUCUGACUUUCAAAUAAAAAUUUAAAAAACAGAUCAUGAAAAAGCUGUAAGAAGAUUGAGUUCAUCACUGUCAAAAAAUUAUUAUGGGGGCUGGCACUGCAGUGUACCGGGUAAAAGCCACUGCCUGCAGUGUUGCCAUCCCAUAUGGGCACCAGUUCAAGUUCCGGCUGUUCCACUUCUGAUACAACUCUCUGCUAUGGCCUGGUAAAGCAGUAGAAGAUGGUCCAAGUGCUUGGGACCCUGCACUUGCAUGGGAGACCUGGAAAAAGCUCCAAGCUCCUGGCUUCGGAUUCGUGUAGCUCUGGCUGUCGUAGCCAUCUGGGGAACAACUGGUGGAUGGAAGACCUCUCUUUUUUCUCUCUGUCUCUGCCUCUCUAUAACUUUGCCUUUCAAAUAAACAAAUAAAUCUUUAAAAAAUUGUAUUUCACCAAAAUUUGUCUCUUUAAUUCAAUUAUUCUAAGAAUCUUAGAGUUACCCAUGUGCUAUACACAUAACUGGUUGAACUGAAAAUAAUAAAAUGUGCUGAUUGCCUGCUUGUGUGCUUCCUUUUAUCAACACUGUUUUCUUUUCCAAUAGGAUUCCAGGAUAUAUAGAAACACAAAAUAUCACACGUGUCACAGAAUUCCAUCUCAUGGGCUUCUCAGAAGAUCUACAACUGCAGUCCUUCCUCUUUGGGCUGUUCCUGUCCAUGUACCUGGUCACGGUGCUCGGGAACCUGCUCCUCAUCCUGGCCGUCAGCUCAGACUCCCACCUCCACACCCCCAUGUACUUCUUCCUCGUCAACCUGUCCUUGGCUGAUGUGGGUUUCACCUCCACCACGGUUCCCAAGAUGAUUGUGGAUGUCCACACUCACAGCACAGUCAUCUCCUAUGUGGGCUGCCUGACACAGUUGUCUCUCUUUCUCAUUUUUGCAUGCAUGGAUGAUUUGCUUCUGACCGUGAUGGCCUAUGACCGGUUUGUCGCCAUCUGUCACCCCUUGCAUUACCAGGCCAUCAUGAAUCUUGGCCGCUGUAGCUUCUUAGUUUUGGCGUCCUUUGUGGCUAGCCUUUUGGAUUCUCUGUUGAAUAAUCUGAUGGUAUUAAAAGUUACCUGCUUCAAGCAAGUAGAAAUUUCUAAUUUCUUCUGUGACCCUUCUCAACUUCUCAGUCUUGCCUGCUCUGACUCCUUCACCAAUGACAUAGUCAGGUAUCUUGUUGGCAUCAUAUAUGGUUUUUUCCCUAUCUCAGGGAUCCUCUUCUCUUACUAUAAAAUCAUUUCUUCCAUUCUGAGAGUCCCAUCACCAGGUGGGAGGUACAGAGCCUUCUCCACCUGUGGCUCUCACCUGUCGGUCGUUUGCUUAUUUUAUGGAACAGCCAUUGGGGUGUAUUUCAGCUCAGCUUUCUCAGUGUCUCCUGGAAAGGGUGCCUUGGCCUCAGUGGUGUACACUGUGGUCACUCCCAUGCUCAACCCCUUUAUCUACAGCCUGAGGAACAGGGACAUCAAGAGGGCCCUGUGGAGGCUCCUCAGGAAAACAGGCUCAUCUCAGUCCCUGCUCCAUGCGUCUGGACUCUUGGUGGGAGCUGCAGCAAAAUGAAGCUCUCGACCUAUAAAUCUCACUUUUCUCCAUACAUGAUGUGUGAGGCUGGUGCUCUGCAGAUUUUGUGUCUGGUUAUUGUUUCUUUUGGUCCUUUUAAUGAGGCAUAUUAUAGAUUUUUUAUAUAUUUUUCAUACAUAACCAGAGAGUGGGAGGAAUGAAGCGAUAAAAGGCUUUUGGAGAAAAACUAAGAGAAGCUGUGUGUGGAUCCAUAAUUGUGACUAAGACAUUAAUGAACUAUUAAUACAGGAAAUGAUGAGCUGAGGGGUGUAGGGGAAUUCUUCGUAUGACUACCUCACAAUCUAUGUUGUAUAAAUUUAAACCUAUUCUGAAAUAAAAUGUUAAAAAUAUACAACUGUCAAUAAAACUUAUUUGAAAAGUUAAAAAAGCCACUGAUUCUUCUUGAUACCUGCUGAACACUCCACUGAAUAUCCCAAUAAAGGUAUGGUGUUCUUCAUCUUCUAUAUUUCUGCUCAUUUUUCCUUUUAGAGUUUAUGUCUCUGUAUUUUUAUUACCAUUUUGCUAGUUCAUCAUUUUCCUGAUUGCUUUUUUUUAUGUUUCAUCUGUGUUAUCUGUUAGCAUACUGAUAAUCUUUAAGUGGUUAUUGUGAGUUUGCUGUGGGAUGAUGAAAUAUCUUCAUUCCUUUAGGAAGAUGUAGUACUUUAUCUCUGGAGAUGCAGUUUGUUAAUUUGAUUAGGUGAGAUUUCCCUGUUUCCAUGCAUUCUCGUACUCUCCAUGGAUAUUUGAGCAUUGGGGAAAAAACAUCUCCCAGUCCUUAUGUAUGAGCUUCCAACAGGGAAAGACCUUCACAACAAAUGUCUAAAGAUUGUGGGUGACACCCAAAAUUUCCCUGGGCUUCUGUGUGAGAUUUGUGCAAUUAAAGGGGUUAGCCUUUGUUCUCCAGAGCUCAUCGCCUCAACCUCCCCCUAGUGUCUGUUUGUGGUACUGCACUACCUCUGAGGGCAGUUAGUACUAUUUAAUGCCAUUACCAUGGGAGCUCCAAGGCAGGCAAGGUAUGAACCAGUUCCUCAGGCAGCUCUGAGAAGACAGAACUUUGGAUGAACGCUCCACCUUCUCUUUCCCUUCCAUGAGAGAUUGGAACUCCCUCCUAGGAGUUGGGAUUCUUCUCAUUCUGCUAUGCUGUUUC